GCAAGAUUAAGAGUUACAGAGAUAGCAUUUAGUGAUAUAGAGGCAGGAUUUAGAGUUACAGAGAUAGUAUUUAGAGGCACAGAGGCUGGAUUUAGAGUUACAGAGAUAGUAUUAAGAUCUACAGAGGCAGGAUUUAGAGUUACAGAGAAAGUAUUUAGAGGUAAAGAGGCAGAAUUAAGAGUUACAGAGAUAGUAUUUAGAGGUAAAGAGGCAGAAUUAAGAGUUACAGAGAUAGUAUUUAGAGGUAAAGAGGCAGAAUUAAGAGUUACAGAGAUAGUAUUUAGAGGUAAAGAGGCAGAAUUAAGAGUUACAGAGAUAGUAUUUAGAAGUACAGAAUCAGUAUUUAGAGCUACAGAGAUAGUGUUUAGAGUUACGGAGAGAGAGUUAAGAGUUACAGAGAUACUACAGAUUCAGUAUUUAGUGUUACAGAGACCGGAUGUUGAGUUACACAGACAGGAUUUAGAGCCAGUAUUUGGAAACGAAGAGAGUUACAGAGACAGGAUAUUUAGAGUUACAGAGACAGGAUAUUUAGAGUUACAGAGACAGUUUUUAGAGCUACAGGACUAUGUCUGUAUUAUGAGAUACAGAGUCUGUGUUAGACAGGAUUUAGAUCUACAGAGACAGAAUCAAGAGUUCAUAGAUAUUACAAAAGGAGGAUUAAGAUUUACAGAGACUGGAUUAAGAGUAGCAGAGACAGGAUUUAGAGCUAAAGAAUCGAUAUUUAGAGUUACAAAAGCAGGAUUAAGAUUUACAGAGACCGGAUUAAGAGUAGCAGAGACAGGAUUUAGAGCUAAAGAAUCGGUAUUUAGAGUUACAAAAGCAGGAUUAAGAUUUACAGAGACCGGAUUAAGAGUAGCAGAAACAGGAUUUAGAGCUAAAGAAUCGGUAUUUAGAGUUACAAAAGCAGGAUUAAGAUUUACAGAGACCGGAUUAAGAGUAGCAGAGACAGGAUUUAGAGCUAAAGAAUCGGUAUUUAGAGUUACAAAAGCAGGAUUAAGAUUUACAGAGACCGGAUUAAGAGUAGCAGAGACAGGAUUUAGAGCUAAAGAAUCGAGGCAUGAUCAGGAGUUACAGAGACGGGAUUUAGAACUACAGAGACGGGAUUUAGAACUACAGAGACGGGAUUUAGAACUACAGAGACGGGAUUUAGAACUACAGAGACAGGAUUUAGAACUACAGAGACGGGAUUUAGAACUACAGAGACGGGAUUUAGAACUACAGAGACAGAAUCUAGAAUAA